AGUGACAAUCUUCUGCAAGAUGAGGACUGCAGUUCUGCUGUUUGUUGUCGGGUUGUGUGCGUUGAACGUCACAUCAUCCCUGAAAAUCUGCGCUUUCAACAUUCAGAGCUUUGGCGAAUCAAAGUCCAACAACAAGAAGGUUAUGGGGAUUCUCCUAAAGAUUCUUUCUCGGUGUGACUUGUGUCUCAUUCAAGAGGUCCGAGACUCUAAAGGAGAGGCCAUACAAACUUUGGUGAAAGAGCUUAACAGAUUUCACAAAUCCAACCCAUACUCCUAUGUGGAAAGUGAAAGGCUGGGAAGGAAGACCUACAAGGAGCAGUAUGUCUACAUUUACAGGAACAACAUGUUGAAGGUCAAAGAGCAUUAUCAGUAUCCUAAAGAAGAAGGAGAUGGGAGCAAUGAAACUGAAGUUUUCUCCAGAGAGCCUUUCAUUGUUCGCUUUCACUCCCCUACAACAUUGAUAAAGGAUUUUGUCCUGAUCGGGCAGCAUACUUGUCCCAGAAAUGCCAUGAAGGAGAUUGACCAGCUGUAUACUGUCUUCAAAAGAAUUCACAAGAAGUGGAAGACUGACAAUGUGAUGAUCUUAGGGGACCUGAACGCCGGCUGCAGCUACGUCACCAUCAAGGGCUGGAGAGCUGUGCGCUUGAGGAGUGACCCCAAAUUUCACUGGCUGAUUGGAGAUAAGCAAGACACUACUGUCCGCCAGAAGACACACUGUGCCUAUGACAGGAUCAUUAUCCACGGACAUGAGAUUAUCUCUUGUAUAGUGCCAGGUUCAGCUCAGCCGUUCAACUUUAAAGAGGAUUUCCAUCUCACCGAAGAGGAGGCUCUUGAGGUGAGUGAUCAUUUUCCUGUAGAAGUUGACCUGAAGCCUAAUCAUCGCUACCUCCUACGCAAUGAGCUGUAAGACCACUCAGAACAACAAUCUACAAACCAGGAUGUCUCAAUUUUAACUGUAGUUUUACUUGAUUUUAGCUGUUAAAAUAAAUAAAAUGACCUAAUAGAUUA